AUGAUUGCUCGCCUUCCUGAUGACAAGCUGGCUGACUUGCGCUCUACGCUUGGCUCCCUCCGAUCCCGCCGAUCCCUGAAACGCAAGGAGCUAGAACAGUUACUAGGCAAUUUCAACUUUGCGAGUCGGGUGAUCAUCCCAGGACGAACGUUCAUGCGCCACCUGUACGACGCUCUGAUGCAUACCACCAAGCCGUACCAUCAUGUCCGCCUGUCGUAUGGUUGCCAAUUAGACCUGCUGUGGUGGUCACACUUGCUGGAGGGGUGGAAUGGCAAAGCCCUCCUGCUGCAAUCCCAUGUAACGGCGGCAGACGAUAUCUCCAUCGAGACCGAUGCCUCUGGCUCGAUUGGCUACGGUGCACUCUACGGCCCUGAAUGGUUCGCAGUCUGUUGGCCUCGGCACCUCACUGCACGCUGCAUUACAUUCAAGGAACUCUACCCGAUCUGUGUGGCAUGCGCUACCCGGGGCCACAAGUGGAGCCGCAUGCGCAUCUGUUUCCACUCGGACAACACUGCAGUAGUUGCUGUCGUGGCAUCUGGCGCCAGCAAGUGUCCUAAUGUGAUGGCGCUUCUCCGACAAAUUUUCUUCAUCUGUGCGAAGGGCAACUUCAUGAUCACUGCACGCCACAUUCCUGGCGUCACCAACGUGCGUGCUGAUGCCUUAUCCCGCCAGGAGCUCCUCCGAUUCCGCAACCUCCACCCGACAGCCAACCGGAACCCAUCUGACCCAAGACGCCUUCCAUCCCGUCCUGGGGAGACAGCGUCAGCACCUUGUGCCUCCUCAUGA